GCAUGUUGUCUGCAUCCACCAGAAUGCUCACAAACAAAUCUACACUUUGACUGUGUUGAUCCACAGAGAUGAUCAUAUUCUCAUCUCAACUGAAAUUGGAUCUAUUUAUGUUAAUCUUUAUGGCAGCCAUUCUAAAUAUAUCGGAUGGGUUCAUUGUGAAAGGUCCUUCUCGUCCUCUGGUGGUUCCUCUGGGAGGUUCAGUUGUUUUGCCCUGUUUUGUUGACAAACCCUUACUAACCGAAGGACUGAAGGUUGAAUGGAGAAGAUCAGACUCAGAUACUCCGGUUCAUCUGUAUCAAGAUGGUGAGAGUAAACCAGAGGUCCAGCAGCAGGAUUAUCAUGAUAGAGCUCAUUUCUUUACUGACCAGAUUCAACAUGGAAAUUUCUCCCUCCUGUUGAACAAUGUGAGAGUUGAAGAUGAGGGAACAUACAGAUGUAAAGUUUACAGUGAGCUGGAUUCUGGUGAAACUGUUGUUGAAAUUAAACAUGUUGAGCGUUUGAUAGUAUCAGGAUCGAGACUUUCUAUAUCUGCGUAUGUGGGUGAUGACGUCAAUCUGAACUGCUCUGUGGACUCUCACAUCACACCUGAAGAGAUUGAAGAGGUUUCAUGGAAGAAAAUCAAUAAAGAUGGAGAUAUUCUGGUUCUGCUCUUCCAAAACAAAGAAAUUAAACCAGAAUCAUCAUAUGAGCGAUACAUGGAUAGAGUUGAGUUCUUCACUGAUGAAAUUCCCAAAGGAAACUUCUCUCUCAGACUGAAGAGUGUCAGAACUGAAGAUAAAGGAGUUUACAUGUGUCAAGUGUUUGCUGGAGAUUUUUCAGCCAACACAACUGUAGUACUAGAGGAACUGGGUUUCUCUUUUUUGCACAUAACACUCUUGUUUCUCUGUGUUGCUGCUUCUGGAUCUGCACUUCUGUUCUUAUGUGUGGUCUACUGCCAACACAAAAAUAAAGGGUUUGUUGUGAAAGGCCUCUCUGAUUCCCUUUUUGUUCCUCUGGGAGGUUCAGUGGUUUUGCCCUGUUAUGUUGACAAAUCCUUACCUACCAAAGGACUGAAGGUUGAAUGGAGAAGAUCAGACUCAGAGACUCUGGUUCAUCUGUAUCAAGAUGGUGAAAGUAGACCAGAGACCCGGCAGCAGGAUUAUCAUGAUAGAGCUCAUUUCUUUACCAAUGAGAUUCAACAUGGAAACUGCUCCCUCCUGUUGAAGAAUGUGACAGCAAAAGAUGAGGGAGAAUACAGAUGUAAAGUAUACAGUGAGCAGAAUUGUGUUUUUUCAGUGAACACACAUUUGGAACCUAGGUUCACUGUGGAACCUUUAUUUCACCCAUUUUUUCCUCUGGGAGGUUCAGUGGUUCUGCCCUGUUAUACUGACAAAACCUUUUUAAAGGAGGAUCUGAGAGUGGAAUGGAGAAAAUUAGACUCAGACACUCUGGUUCAUCUGUAUCAAGAUGGUGAGAGAAGACGAAAUAUCCAAAAGCAGGAAUAUAGGGAUCGAGCUUUUUUCUUUACUGACCAGAUUCAACAUGGAAACUUCUCCCUCCUGUUGAACAAUGUGACGGCUGAAGAUGAAGGAAAAUACAAAUGUACCAUUAACAGCAAACGGGGUUUGGAGCAUUUAACCAUCACAAAUGUAGUACUUGGGUUUACGGUGAAAACGUAUGGUCUCCAGGUUGUUCCUUAUGGUGUUUCACUGAUUCUGCCCUGUUAUGUUGACCCACGUUCACUAACAGAGAAUCUGAAGGUGGAAUGGAAAGGAACAGACAGUAAAACUCUGGUUCUGUAUCCAGAUGUUGAGCGUGAACCAGGAGACCAGCAGCAGGAUUAUCAUGAUGGAGCUAAUUUCUUUACUGAUGAGAUUAAACAUGGAAACUUCUCCCUACAGUUGAAAAAUGUCAGUGCUAAAGACAAGGGGAUUUACAGAUGUGAAGUUCAAAGUGGACAGGAUUCUGAAUUUUCAAUUACCACAAAAUUGUCAUUGAGACCAGUAGAGAGAUUCAUUCGUCUUCAGCUGUGUCUGGUCUUCUGUCCAAAUUUCAUCAUGUUCUUGGCUUUUGUCCUCUGGGGGGUUUCUGAAGGAUUUCUGAAUGAGACAGUCACUUGUUGCACUCUUUAUAUGUUGAGACCUCUCAUGUUGCUCUGGGCUGCUCCAUUUGCAAAAAAGUUACCAGGCAACAUUAAAAAAUGGAUUUCGAAUUAUAGUUUUGAUGCAGAAUAUGUUGUUUUCACAAUUAUUGUUUAUUCAGUUUUUUUUAAAUAUGAUUGGGACAAAAUUCGGAAUUAUUCAGAACUUGAUCGAGCCUUGGUAACAUUCUUCUUUGGGUUUAUGCUUCUCUUGUGUGCCAUUGUCAUUGUUUACAUUUUUCACAGAGUCCUUGGAAAUACAAGGAAACGGAUACAUGCUAUAUUCAGAGUUGUGGCUGUUCUAAGUUAUGAGGUUCUGCCUUCAUUGCAGUUCAUCUUUCUGUUCUAUGCAUUUGGAGCUGACAAAGGAUCAUUCUUCAUUGCUGGAGUUUUACCAUUGUUUGUAACACUGAGAAGACACAACUGGGACAUAGUAUGUGGGCUAAGGAUUGGAUGUUCUUCUUUGGUCAUGAGAUCACUGUGGCUCGUUUUCACUUUAGUGAUGAAUGCAGUAAUGGUCUAUUUCUUCAUCCAAGCACUAGAAAAUGAAAAUGAUUGUUUUGGAUGGGUGUGCACGAUUGAAUUUCUCCAAGUACUCUGGGCUGUUAUGGACUUUAAUUGGUCAUUUAAUUAUCCGGGUUUUCCUCGUAGUGUCACUGUAUAUCUGAUUGGAUCAGUUGGUGUUGUUUUAGUCAACAGUCUUGUAAUGAUGACAGAACUGAUACUGAAAACAACUAACGGUGAACGUGCAGUUGGGGAUCUGAGAAUGAUUGUCUUUCCAUCUGAAUGUCUCUUUGCCAUACCCCUGCUUAUAUUACAAGUAUUUGCACCCUGGAUUUUCAACAAAGAGUGUCUGAAGUCAUGUCAGAAUGCAGCAGGAUCUGAUGAAACGCCACAUAUUGGAUCACAUCAGAGCCCGAACACAGAACGUCUACUACAGACUGAAGGUCAGAAGGCUGGUUGGAGUGAAAAGACAGAGAAUGCAGCAGGAUCAGAUGAAACUACUGGAUCAGACCAGAACACAGUAGAAAUGAAUUCUCUGCUAGAAACUCAAGAUCAGGAGGCUGGUAAGACGCACAGAAGAAACUCAUUCUGAUUUAGUGGUUGCACAAACUUCAUCAACAAUGAGACCAGGCUGCAACAAUGAGAGAAAAAUAUCCUCUAAUAUUUAUUCUAAACACUGGGAUGCUUGUUCAAAUUCUCAUGAGUGCUGACAGACUUCAGUGUUUUCCUUCAUCCGUUGAAUUAAUGCAGAUGAUUUUAUAUGUGAGUUGUUUUGUACUGUGUUUUCUUGUUUUCUUCAAUGUGAAAAUAGCUGUAAAUAAAUG